AUGGCAGACGUAAAAGUACAAAUCCGGGGCAACGGCCCGUUGAGGGUCAUAGGCGAGAUCGAAAUUAUUGACCAGAGUGGGAACCAGUACGCGAUUCCCGAGGGUCAGUGGGUAUCUUUCUGCCGCUGUGGACAGUCGGACAACAAGCCGUUUUGCGACGGCACGCAUCAGGACUGCGGAUUCGAAGCGCCCAGCGAGGCCAAGUAA